GCGAAAGUCGAGCCAGACUACUGCCUAGGGCAUGGAUUCCCUCACGCCGCCGGUGCCGCCGGCGCCGCCGCAACCGCGGAACACAGAAGAUUGUUUCCCACCAAAGGAUACAUUGUGUAGGCAUGAUGAAGAGCAGCAUGUCCAGAACUAUGAUUGGAUCAGCGCAUUGCCAGAUGAUAUUUUAAUUGAAAUUCUUUCCCUAAUGACAAUAAGUGAGGCAGCAAUGACUGGUUUUCUUUCCACUAGAUGGAGGCAUCUGUGGAAAAAAAUUGACCAUCUCAUCCUUGAUUCCUAUGCUUUUGGGAUGCAAGAGUUAGAAAAGUCACGUUACCAUGAAAAUCCUCUUUUGUGGAAUGACGUAGCUACAAGAUUUGUUCACAAAGUAAAUGGGCUUUUGGAAAGUCGUGAUGGUAACAGAAUCAAGGAAUUAACUAUAAUAUUCCCAUUAUCAUCAGCCCAUGCUUCUAAUCUAGACCACUGGAUUGAGUUGGCAAUGGCAGCCUCUACACAAAAUAUCUUACUUGACUUGGAUAACAAGUGUUGCAAGGAAGGUUGCACUAUUUGUGUGAAAGGCACGAAGGUUGCUUCAGAGCCAUAUGACUUUUCUUGGGGCCCUUUUUUGAUGGUAGAGCCUGCUCGUUGGAUGAAUUGACUCUUUUUAAUUGCAAGAUAGGAACAAUCCCUGCAAAUCUGAGUGGGUUCUCAUAUGUUAAAUCCCUUCUACUUGCCCGUGUGUUAAUUAAUGAUGAAACCAUUUCAAAUAUUAUGUCCAACUAUCAUGCUCUUGAAAUUAUGGUCCUACAAUAUUGCCAUCAAUUGAUUCAUUUGACGGCUUCUCAUGCACGGUUGCAAGUCUUGGUUGUUCAAUUUUGCAAAACCUUGGCUAGUAUCUGUAUUCGUGCUGACAACCUUGAGUCAUUCACGUAUAUGGGCUGCAAGAUCAAUAUUGAGUAUGAACGUGCACAAUUUCUGGAUAUGCUCCGUGUUUAUUUUGUGAAGAAGGAUGACUGCCCUUUAGACUUCAUAAGUGCAUUUCCUAAGCUUCCCAAGCUAGAAAUUUUGGUCAUCCAGAUUCCUACAUGCUUACAUGUAUGUAAUAUAUUUUGUCCUUUCAUUGUUUGGUCUUCUUUAGAAAGUUCAUAAAUGCUUAAUUCGUCCCUUUUUUGUCCCUCUCUAGGUACAUCGUGUGUUGCAACACGGUUCAAGAUUUGUUGGUUUGAAAACAAUUAUAUUGAUUCUCAUGAAACCUUGGAAAGUUGAAAUUUCCUCGGUGGCUUAUCUCCUCAAAUCAACUCCUCUAUUAGAAUAUUUUGGUCUACAUGGUUGUUGCAAGCUUCAACAACAUACUCAGUUCAACAUCUCAUGGCCCGAGGAUUUUAUACUUGCAAGACUUUACACUAUUAUAAUUGGUGGGUUUAGUGGGGAAUUCGAACUGAUGGAACUUGUGUACUUUCUGCUAAGGAGCACAAUGGCGUUGGAUGUAUUUGAAAUUGAUACACGUGCUAUGGAGCCAUGGUUGGUCAGGUGGAAUAGGGAUAAGUUGCAAGAUGACACAAGACGUUGUUAUGCAAGAGAGAUGGCUUACACACACUUGGUUCCCAAGGUCCCAUCCACCGUGUUGUUCCAUAUUAUAUGACUUGUUCACUCCCUAUAAAAGCGUGUGAUUUGGUGAACAACCCAAUGUUGAACUUGAUGCAUCUGAUACUCAGAUCUUAUUUGGUACUAGUUUAAUUGUCAUGCUUUGCGACAGAUCAAUAUAAUAUUUGUUGAACAUAUGUCGGAUUUGGUUAUGCGUCUUUACAUGCCCAAUAAGCUAUGUUAUGGCUCAUGUCUCGCCUUUGGUCACUACAUUAUUGAUGUACACCAUAUGUCCUUGCCUCCAAUCAACUACCUACACCUUAUCCACAUGCCUUGUAAUUCUAUCUAAUAACUAUUAUUUUUAUUUUGAUACAUAAAAGAUUUGGUAUAGAAAAACACACAACAAACCAGUGCUAUAUACUUUUACUAGCAUAUGCAAGAUACUUGGCCCUUUGUUUGUACGAUCAUAUUUAUAAAUGUGUUUGUAUGUGAUAUUUUUUUAGAGGCAUUAGGAAGGCACCCCUCUUGCCCCACUCAAGGUGGGCAUAUUUUAAUUGGAUGGUGUAAACUUGAAAUCCCUCCUAGUACACUCAUUUCUCUAGGAAUGUAUCACAUAAUAUUUCUUUGGGAAUGUGUCUGAUGAAAUGAAAAUUGAGCGAGUUGCAUA